AUGCGCGCCAUUGCCAACGGCCAGCUCGAGGGUUUCCCGUCCAAGGAUGAGCUCAAGACAGUGUACGUCGAGCACAACUUGCAAGCGGAGGAAGCCGACCUCUCGGUCGUCGACUUUGUGUUGAACGACCCCGACUUCAAGGACAUGCCCCGCAAGGAAGUUCAGGACACGCUCUCGUCGGUCGGCUUCACGGACGCCAUGCAGGCGCAGGCCGUCGGCUCGCUCUCAGGUGGCUGGAAGAUGAAGCUCGAGCUCGCCCGUGCGAUGCUCCAGAAGGCCGACAUUUUGCUGCUCGACGAGCCGACCAACCACUUGGAUGUCGCCAACGUGGCCUGGCUCGAGAACUACCUCACGUCCAUGACGACGAUCACGUCGCUCAUUGUGUCGCACGACUCGGGCUUCCUCGACAACGUCUGCACCAACAUCAUCCACUACGAGAAGAACCGCAAGCUCAAGACGUACGUCGGCAACAUGUCGGAGUUUGUCAAGAUCCGCCCGGAAGCCAAGGCCUACUACGACCUCGACGCAGCGACGGUGGCCUUCAAGUUCCCAGAGCCUGGUUUCCUCGCCGACAUCAAGAACAAGGGCAAGCCCAUCAUUCGUCUCACGAAUUGCUCGUACACGUACCCCGGGUCGUCCAAGCCAUCGAUCAACAACGUCAGCGUGACGUGCGCGCUCUCGUCGCGCAUUGCGGUGAUUGGUCCCAACGGCGCCGGCAAGUCGACCAUGAUCAAGAUGCUCACGGGCGAAACCGAGCCGACGCAAGGUACCUUGUGGAAGCACCCGGCCAUGCGCUUUGCGUACGUCGCUCAGCACGCGUUCCACCACAUUGAGCAGCACUUGGACAUCUCGGCCAACCAGUACAUCCAGUGGCGCUUCCAGUCCGGCGAGGACAAGGAGCUCAUGGCCAAGGAGACGCGUAAGCUGACACCGGAAGAGAAGGAGCUUCUCGCCAAGCCCGUCAACUGGGAGGGCGAGAAGCGCGUCUUCGAGUCGAUCGAGAACCGCCGCAAGCUCAAGAAGUCGUUCGAGUACGAGGUCAAGUGGAUGAAGCUCCCCGAUACGGAGAACUCGUGGAUCCCGCGUGAGAAGCUUGAGAAGUGGGGUUUCGACAAGAUCCUCCAGAUCGCCGAUGAUCGCGAAGCCGCCCGCGCCAACAUGCAGGCGCGUCCCGUCACGGCCAUUGCGGUGCAAAAGCACCUCGAUAACUUUGGCUUGGCGGCCGACUUUGGUACGCACUCGCGCAUGCGCGGUCUCUCGGGCGGUCAGAAGGUCAAGGUCGUCUUGGCGGCUGCCAUGUGGCUCAACCCGCACAUUUUGGUGCUCGAUGAGCCGACCAACUUCUUGGAUCGCGACUCGCUCGGUGCGCUCGCGGGUGCCAUCAAGGAGUUUGGCGGCGGUGUCGUCUUGAUCUCGCACCACAGAGAGUUCACGGACGCCUUGGCGAUCGAGACGUGGAACGUGGUUGCUGGUCAGCUCUCGAUCGAAGGUCAAGUCCCGGAAGACAAGACCAAGAUCGAGCAGAUCGACGCCGAAGAGUCGGUUGACGCGUUCGGUAACAAGGUCGUCACCAAGGUCAAGCGAAAGCUCACCCGCAAGGAGCUCAAGGUCAAGCUCAAGGCCAAGCGCGAUGCUGAGAAGCGCGGCGAGUUUUACUCGGACUCGGACCUUGACGGCUACGAAGAGUAA